GGAGAAGCAUCGGGAAGACCGUUAGUUAAACUGCUGCUCUCUUCUGGUCAGCAUACCGAACCUACAGACAUGGCAAAGGAAGGACCGGAGAUGACAGAGGAGACCGAACACAUGAUAGAGAAGAACGGGGCGAAGGAGCCGGACAGCGCGGUGUGUGCGGCGGAUUCGAAAGAGAUGCGGGCUGUGCUGCUGACGGGCUUUGGAGGUCUAAACAAACUCAAAGUGACCAAGAAGCUAAUGCCUGAGCCCCAGGAAGGAGAAGUGAAGAUCCGAGUGAAAGCGUGCGGGUUGAAUUUCCUGGACCUUAUGGUGCGUCAAGGGAAUAUUGAUAAUCCUCCUAAAACACCUCUCGUGCCUGGAUUUGAAUGUUCUGGAAUAGUGGAGGCUAUGGGCGAAAACACGAAAGGCUUUGAGAUCGGUGACCGGGUGAUGGCCUUCGUGAACUAUAACGCUUGGGCUGAAGUGGUCUGUACACCGCUGGACUGGGUUUAUAAGAUACCUGAUGAGAUGACUUUCCCUGAGGCAGCUGCCUUCUGUAUGAACUUCGUGGCCGCCUACAUGAUGCUGUUUGAAGUGGCCAAUCUCCGGGAGGGGAUGUCUGUAUUGGUUCACUCAGCGGGAGGUGGAGUGGGUCAAGCUGUAGCUCAGCUGUGUUCCACCAUUCCCAACGUCACCGUUUUUGGCACAGCCUCUCCCUUCAAACACGAAGCCAUUCGACACUCCGUCACUCACCUGUUUGAUAGAAACGUCGACUACGUAGCAGAAGUUAGAAAGAUCUCUCCAGAAGGAGUGGACAUUGUUCUGGAUUGUCUGUGUGGAGAGAACACAGGGAAAGGCCUGGGUCUAUUGAAGCCCCUGGGCACCUACAUCCUCUACGGUUCAUCAAACAUGGUGACGGGAGAGACCAAAAGUUUCUUCAGCUUGGCCAAAUCUUGGUGGCAGGUGGAGAAGGUUAAUCCCAUCAAACUCUAUGAAGAAAACAAAGUCAUGGCUGGAUUCUCGCUGCUCAACCUCCUCUUCAAACAGGGGGGCUGCAGCCAAGUGAAGACUGCUGUACAGAAGCUACUUUCGCUCUACAGUGAGAAGAAGAUCAAACCUAUAGUGGAUUCUCUGUGGGCUCUGGAGGAGGUGAAGGAGGCCAUGCAGAGAAUCCAUGACAGAGGGAACAUAGGAAAGCUGAUUCUGGAUGUGGAGAAGUCUCCCACUCCUUUGAUGGCCAGUGACAGCACGGAGACCAGCGAGGCAGGUGAGGAAGAGGAGGAGCACGAGGGGGACAACGACAACAAGGAGCGAAUGCCCUUCAUCCAGUAGGCCUUUCCACUUCAGUCCAGGCGUGGACGCUCCCAUGGAAUAAGAGACUGUCACUGGACCAGGACCGUCCAUGUGACCCCAUGCUGUCGUGAAGUGUAUGAACGUGCGUCCGUCGUCCGUCUGACCUGUGCAGUGUUUGAAAGUCUAAAACCCUUUUUGCCAAUUGUCCAACUCAAGUGCCAUUCCUAGCGCAGUAUUGAAAUGUCACAGUGUUCUUUCCUUUCAGAAGAAUUGUUUGAGGUUUCUAUAGAUGUUCUAUGGCAGGAAGGUGGGAGAAAGAAAGAGACAGAGAGCGCAAUUGUAUGUUAGUUGCUAUGGUGUUGGAUUAGUGAGGAAAGAAAGGAAAAAAAAACAUGCAUACGUCUGUGUUCAAGAAGUAGGUUGUGCAUUUAAGUUCUCAUUCGAGUUCAUUUUUGAGGGGGUUAGUUGCUGGCAAGUUAUUCCAGUGGCCACACAUUAUUCAGUCUUAGAACAGCCAGUCUCUGCUGUUGAGCUCUCACUGUAGUUUUCUGUCGCAGUCCAUUAACAGCCAUGUCCUCUGUGUCCCUUCUAAGACAGUUUUCAUAGUGCCUUUGGCACACAACAAGCAGGAGCGAGAACACAGCAAAUUCCUUUCUUUUUCCGUUUUGUAUCUCAUAAAUAAUUGAUGCGAGGUAUUGCAGCAAGCUGUUUUGAAGCACUCUUUGAAGCCAAUUCUGAGUGGCAAACCCGGGGGAAAUGCAAUGGAGCUGAAUUUCAGAGUCAGACUGAUCUUAUUUUGCCUGCACACGUGUGAUGUAUAGUGUUUAUCUUGUAGGGCAUGUGUUGAGUUAUAGACUUAAGAAAUACACAGAGUUGCCAGUUUAUUAUGUAAACCUACCAUGUAAGUAUACUCAAUGGUCAUUUUAUCAAGUGCUCCCACCAUGCAGGUGGACUUUGUAUGCUUUGUAUGCUUACAAACUGUAGCCCAUCUGUCGCUCUACCACAGUAAACAUUCGGACCAACACAGGACGACUCCUGACCAGAUAUUAUCUAUGGUGGACCACUCUCAGCACAGCAGUGAUACCUACAUGUUAUUGGCAUGUUUGUGGGUGUCGCACUACUAUGAGCCACAGCAGUGCUACUGGAGUUGUUUGCACACCUCAGAGGUGUGACUAGAGGAUGACUAACACUAAUAGUGUUUGGAAAAAGAAGGCUGUAGUUUCUAACUGUACACCUGAAAGGUGGACCAACAAGGUACAUUAGUCUGCGAAAGUCAGAGGCCACUUUUCAUUGAGUGCAUUAUUAGUCAAACGCGCCAUUCAUUUUCAGCAUCAGGGAAAAUAGCAGAACAUAUAUGUAACAGAAAAUUAUACAGAAUCCUCAAAAAGUAAUUGUAAUUCUUUUCAGGAGGCUUGCUGUCAAGUUCAGUCUUACAUGUUGGUUGCAUUUUCUUCUUCUUACGAUACAAGCACAUUCAGGAUGUUGAGGUCUGGACUCUGCGGUGGCCAGUCCAUUGUUUUGAGACCACUAGCAGCUUUCCUUGUUUUAAGAACAGCUUCUUUUAGACCCAUAGCAUUGAGUUGUCUUCUACAGUGGAAGGAUGGACAAAACACCGCUGGAAUUUUUUUAAUUAAUUUUUCUUUCACUUUUCCUUUCUUUAUGCAAUCUUAUAUCUAAUCUCAGAAAUCGUGAUGGCCAGUUUCGACUGGUUUGAUAGUAUAUAAA